CAGACGGAAAAACAAAAUUCUCUGUCGACAUGCGUUGCAUCGUGGUGUGCAGAAAUUGUGCAAUUCUGUCGUGAAAUCGUGGCUCUGGGCGGCUGAAAGGUUGCAAGAACACAAUGGGGGAGUGCCGCGUUGCCGAGUGGACGGUGGAUGCGGUGUGCGAGUGGGCGAGGAAGGAGAAAUUGAGUGCAAGAGUGGUGAAACAGAUCCGCGAUGAGGAGAUUGAUGGCAGGUGCCUUCUCUCCCUCACGGAGGACGACCUCCGGACAAUCCGGACAAAGUGCUCCAACCUCUGUGAACUCACCAUCGGUGAUAUGAAGAAGCUGUCGCUGUCCGUCCGCGGAAUACAGAAGGACAACCACGCCAGUCUCGUGUACCUGGGAUUGUGUGACAAUCAUCACCAGGGCCACGGCGUUCUGCCCGCGUUCGGGGGCUCCGCCGCCGAGGUGCUACACCUCAAUGACAUCGAGAGGGUAUCCCCGCCGAUGUCCGUGGACGGCAGGGCAACGAGCAUCCAGCCAGAAUUCUUCAAAACAAUGAUUAGCUUAGGUUAUGCAUUUCUCGUCACGUGGAUCACGUCGUUCGUGAUGGUGGUGGUGCACGAGAGGGUGCCGGACAUGAAGAAGUGGCCACCGCUGCCGGACAUCUUCCUGGACAAUGUGCCGCACAUUCCGUGGGCAUUUCACAUGUGCGAGAUCACAGGUACUUUCCUCUUUGGCAUCUGGGCGUGCGUGAUUGUGGUGCACAGGCAUCGGUUGGUGCUACUCAGGCGCUUCUUCGCGCUGGCGGGAACCGUGUUCCUGCUCAGGUGCGUAACGAUGCUGAUAACAUCGCUGUCUGUGCCGGGAACGCAUCUUCAGUGCACGCCACAGGAUCACAAAGUGGAUGAAACCAACGUGGUGACGUGGCUGGACGCCAUUCACUUGAGGAUUCAACGCGCCUACACAAUCUGGAGCGGCUUGGGAAUGUCCAUUCAGGGUGUGAGGACGUGUGGCGACUACAUGUUCAGUGGCCACACAGUCACUCUCACUCUCCUCAACUUCUUCAUUACCGAAUACACUCCUCGUCAUUUGUACUUCCUGCACACGAUGACGUGGUUGCUGAACAUGUUCGGGAUCUUCUUCAUCCUGGCCGCUCACGAGCACUACUCCAUAGACGUCUUCGUGGCUUUCUAUAUCACGUCGCGUCUCUUCCUCUACUACCACACGCUGGCCAACAAUCAGGCCCUGAUGUCGCACGACUCGACACGCACAAGGAUCUGGUUUCCCAUGUUCAGUUACUUCGAGAGCUCCGUGGACGGCAUCAUUCCCAACGAGUUCGACACGCUGGCCGAGGUACUGGGCAAGCUGUUCUGGGGCGUGGUGUACGUGAAGGACCUCUGCAUGCUGACGGCGCGCAGGAUCUGGUUGGCGCACAGCGAUCUGACCGAGGACGUGGCCAAGCAGCUGAAGAAGGUGUCGCCGCUGUCUGACAAGGAGCUCAAUAAUGCCGUGAGCGCGAAGAAGACGGUGGGCAAUGGGAAUCUGCUGCUGAUGAACAAUGACAUUGGGCGCAACGGGGGCUCAGGGGAGCCAGCCGUCGGCAUUGAAGAGCUGAUGAAGAGCAAUAUAGAUCAAUUGAAGGAAACGAAGCUCGAGAAGAAAGACAAUUGAGAAAACAUUCCUCCAAAAUCUUACCGAUUGUUAGCUUAGCAAUAUUUUGUAUUACCUUGUGAGAGAAAUCUUUUAGGAGGAGUUGUACCAAAGUCGUGAUUUUCCUUAGACUCUAAAUUUAUUUAUUUAUUUCCAAUUGUCGCACAAUGGCAUUCUUGGAAUUCUUCCAUUCAGUCUUUCACGCGUCUCCAUGCCUUAUGGAAUUCCUUCAUUCUUAUUUAAGCGUUUGCAUUAGACAAAUUGUUAUCAUAUGUUGAGAUUUUAGAGAGUCAAAUAAAGUCCUAUUUGAGAAAAUGGUAUGAAA